GGCCGGCGGCGGGGGAUGGCGUCCCCCGCCCGGUGCGGGGCUGCAGUUGUGGAGGAGCGGCGGCACCAUGCGGGCGGCCGCCGGGGACGUGGUGGGCAUCCUCUGCUUGGUUUCUGUGGCGGCCACGCUGGAUUUCAAGUACCACCACGCCGAGGAGCUGGAGAAGUACCUGAAGGGGGUUCACGCCGAGUACCCCUCCCUCACCCACUUGCACAGCAUCGGGCGAUCGGUGGAAGGUAGAGACCUGUGGGUUCUUGUUCUGGGAAGGUUUCCAACCCAUCAUAAGAUUGGCAUUCCAGAGUUCAAGUAUGUUGCUAAUAUGCAUGGGGAUGAGACCGUUGGGAGAGAAAUCCUGCUCCAUUUGAUAGACUUCCUGGUGACCAGCUAUAGACAUGACCCAGUUAUUACCCGGUUACUCAAUAAUACCCGGAUUCAUAUCAUGCCAACAAUGAAUCCUGAUGGAUUUGAAGCUACAGAAGUGCCUGAUUGUUAUUACACACGAGGAAGGUACAACAAGAAUGGAGAAGAUCUGAACAGAAAUUUUCCUGAUGCCUUUGAAAAUAACAACGCUAGCAUUCAGCCAGAGACUCAAGCAGUAAUGAACUGGAUAAAAAAUGAAACGUUUGUUCUUUCAGCAAACUUGCAUGGGGGUGCCCUGGUUGCCAGUUACACCUUUGAUAAUGGUAACUCAGUUACUGGCUCUUCGAAAGGCUAUAGCAGAUCUCCAGAUGAUGAUGUCUUUAUUCACCUGGCAAAAACCUAUUCUUCCAACCAUGCCAGCAUGUACAAAGGGACUGGCUGUGACAAGAGACAAACCUUUCCAGAAGGCAUUACCAAUGGAUACUCUUGGUACCAGUUGGAAGGUGGAAUGCAAGAUUACAACUACGUCUGGGGACAAUGUUUUGAAAUUACAUUGGAGCUGUCAUGCUGUAAAUAUCCUCCAGCAGACCAGCUGGAAAAGUUCUGGAGAGACAACAAAGUUGCUCUGAUUGAAUAUAUAAAACAAGUACACCUAGGUGUCAAGGGUCAAGUUACUGAUAAGAAUGGGAAUCCUAUUCCCGAUGCCAUCGUGGAAGCCAAAGGAAGGCCUCAUAUCUGCCCCUACAGAACAAAUGAACAAGGGGAGUACUAUCUUCUCCUUUUGCCUGGGACAUAUGUGAUCAAUGCUACUGUACCAGGAUUUAAAUCGAUGCUGAAGACAGUGGAAAUACCUGACAACACUGGUAACUUCAGUGCUUUAAAACAGGACUUCUCUUUCUCAGAGGUCUCUAUCAGACCAAGAGUUGCUUCAUGUCCCAAAAUUCCACUGUACCAGGAGCUCACACGGGCUUCAGCUGCAGUAAAACCAACCCUACAUGUCUUGAUUUUAAUGACUGCUCUGCUUGUAAUUUUAAAAUAAAGUCAGGAAUGAGAUGUUAUGGCCAGGCAAAAUCCACCUGCACAAAUGUGGCUUUGUAUAUGCAAAAGAAUGUCUGUUUUUAUAAACCAAAUUCUCGGAUUCACAAUCAUGUUCACUGUAUUUUGUAAAAUACUGGGUUGACAAUCAAAUGUUUGACUAUAUUUUUAAUUGUAAUAGACUAUCAUAUUUUUCUAUGUAAGUAUUUUACUCUGAAGAAAUUUUGUACAGCCGAUGGAGAUAACUGUAGAAUUUCAACACAGAAAGUACAAACACAUUCUCAAGACUUUGCCUGAAUUCAAAAAAAA